CACAUGGGCUGUUUUGUAAAACCAAAUAAUUAGGAAGGGAAAACACAAGUUAGGGCUUUGUUCCUUCAAGUAGAAAGUGAUUUCAAGGAAAAUGGCGAUUUCCGCGGGAAAAUUCAUAUAUUGCAAAGCAUUUGAGCUUCAUUCACGAGUGUUCUUAUACCCCUGGGGGAAGACGAAGAUUAUAGUUCGAUGCUGUUCGAAUUUUCCAGUUAGGUAUACUCCUAAGAAAUCUUCUAGUUUGAAUAAACCUAACGAUCCUACUCCGGUUCCAUCGAAUUCAGAAAAGCUCGAAUUCAAGCAAUUCAUUGAAAAUGAUGAUUUCAAUAAGAAUGUUGACUGGCCGAGGUCAAGGAUACGAUCAAAUUUGGACAAAAAAUCACCGGAUUUUAAGUCGGGUGAUUUAAGAUCAAAAGAAAAGAAAAAUUGUAAUGCGGCUGUGCAGUCGGAGGCGUUGGAAGAUAGUUAUAAAUGGAGAUCUGUGGAAUCAAAUCCUGUGGAAGAAUUUCAUGAAUUUGGUGUAAUGGAAGGUCUUGAGGAUGCUUUAGAUGAAUUUGACUCGCAUAAUGGUGAAUAUGAAAUUAAACGUCUAGCGGUUGAACCGCAUAACGGUGAAUAUGAAGUUAAAAAUCUAGCGGUUGAACCUAGUAAAAGUAAAGAAGAAGCCGAGAAGACAGCGAUUAGAUUGCUUGCAGUAAGAGCAUAUACAGCACUCGAGCUGAAGAAGAAACUUUCUGGAAAGAAAUUCUCCCCUGAAGUUGUCACUGCUGUGAUCUCUGACUUCCAGAACAGGGGUUUGAUAAAUGAUUUGUUGUAUGCUGAAGCGUUUUCUCGAUCAAGAUGGUCUAUAUCAAGUUGGGGUCCACAUAGAAUCAAGCAAGCCCUGGUCAAAAAGGGUGUAAAUGAUGUUGAUGCACAGAAAGCAAUAAAAUUGGUUUUGGAAGACGGUGAACCCGUCGAUGAUGAUCAAGUUUCAAGAUUUGGAUUGUCAAAGUCCUCGUUUGACCAUUUGUUCGCACAAGCUUCAAAGCAAUGGAUUCGUGCUAAGGAUCUCCCCAGUGAAAGACAGAAAUCGAGAAUCGUCGCGUGGCUUCAAUACCGUGGCUUUAAUUGGGGAGUUAUUAACUUUAUCUUGAAAAGGUUACAAUCCGAGCAUCUGCCUUAAGUCUUUUAGAGGUACUCACCUGCUGUUGUGGGCCCUACUGUGUUGACUACACAACACUAGCUUGGAGGAACCCACCUGUUUAGCUAAAUUGAUAAGUUGUAUUUCUGUUAUUAACUAGGAAUUUAAAUGUGAACCUCAAAAAUAUCACAAAUUAUUAUUGUUUAAAAAAUUUAAAUUCACUACCCACAUGGUGAUUGUAGUAGAUCUUCAUGGGUGUCACCCGAUACACA